UUAUUAUUAUUAUUAUUAUUAUUAUGAUCAUCAUCAUCAUCAUCAUCAUUAUUAUUAUUAUUACUUAUUACUUAUUAUUACAUUGUCACUAAUCCAUAUUAUUAUAGAAAAAAAACAUUACGGAGUUUACUACUGCUAUUCUUGCUGCUUCUACUACUACUGCUACCAACACCACUACUACUGUUGCUGCUGUUGCUACUAUUACUAUUCCUGUUGUUUGUUGUUAUUAUUAUUAUUAUUACUAUUAUUAUUAUUAUUAUCAUGAUCAUCAACAUUACUAUCAUAAUAAUAAUUACUAUUAUUGGCUGUAAUAUAUGGCUGAAAUCGUUUCUGCUGCUGCCUUCGUUAUCAUGAUUUCAUUAACAAUGCCAUCGUUGCCCGUCAUCGUCGUUGAAAUCAUCAUCAUUACUACCAUUCUACAUCCCCGUUAUGAUGAUAAUGUUAUAUUAUUAAUAUUAUUAUGCAAAUUUUUUUAAAUAAAUAAUAGUAUAUAAAAGAGAUAAAUUUUAUUAAUUUUUUUGGAGUGACGAUUACUCAUUUAAUUAAAUAUGUUUCAUGGAAUUGUUGAAACACUGCCAAUCUUAUCGUCAUUUCGUAUAAAUUCAUACUAAAGUUUUUUCCAUAAUUCUAUAAGAAAGAUGAGAGUACAAAUCAAUAACAAUUUUAAUUUUUCUGAAAUACGUUUAAUAAAAAAUAUUGUUAUCACUUAAUUAUUUUACACUUCUUCAUAUGAGUAUCUCCGUAAAAAGUUUAAUAAUCAUAACUGUAAAUGUAUGAACAACAGCGUGAAAGCAUGCGCUUGAAGAAUAGUUGAGACACCGGUGCCUUUGACUUACUGCCAUAAAUAAAUCUGUAUUUUCUCGGAUAGUUUGAAAUAAUGUUGCAAGUGAUUAUUAUGAUUCCAAAAAUAAUUAGUCAAAUAAAUCAGUUUUCUAUUAUUUCAUUCAUUGUUAUUACGCAUUGUAACUAAUAAUUUUUAAUAUCAGUAAUAGUACUAAUAAUGGUAGUGUCAAUAGUAAAAGUAGUAGAAAUAGUAGUAACAACAGCUCUUUGUUUAUAUGAUUAUUAUAACAGUAUAACAUUAUGGAUUGUAACAUUAACAUACAAUUAGUUAUUGUUCUUGAUACUGUUACUGAUGUUACUACAGCGUUUAAUACUACAAUAAUAUUCUUCCAGUAGUAUUACUUCAUAUUUCUUAAUGCAUAUAUCACAUUUUAUAUUCAUUAUAACAUAUACCAUUUUCCGAUAUUUAGCUAUAAUUUUCAUGAUAUUUCAUUACAUUUCGUUAUCUUUUAUUAACGAUACCAAUAUUACUUAAAAAUACUACCACUAACCGUCGUCGUUGUCAUCGUCGUUGUUGUCAUCAUUAUCAUUCUAAUCAUUGUUAUAAAUUUGAUAUACCAAUUUUACGAUACUCUCAAUUAGUAUAAUAGAGCGUACCCUUAUAAUCAUAAUCGAUUGUCAUUAUCAUUGUCAUUGAUAUUAUUACCCUUAUUGUCAACAUCAUCACUAACGAUAUAGACAUCAUUACUUUCACACAUAUAUUAUUAAAUAAUAUUAUCCUUACAAGUGAAUAUUUAGCGGCUGACAACACAUGGAUGAAGAAAUCGAAGAACAUGUAAGUAAUACGGCGCAGAAAUACAGAAACUGGUUGUGUGAAAGUAUCUUGAAAUAUUUCAAAGACUUAACGUAUAAUUGAUUUAUCCAUUUGCCUAUUGUCGCUUAUGUGCGAUGUGAUCUUCUGGAUUGUAUAUGAAAAAUAUAAAAAAUAAGAUGCAGGCGCAAGGGUCUGUCGAUUACAAUGUAAUCAAAUAAUAAUAAUGAACAAUUUAUCAUAGUCGUGUAAUAUAUCGAUACCUUUAAUAGUAGCAAAAAGUAUGUGCUGUUUUGACUACAAAUAUUUUUAAUUAUUUACUACUGAUGUAGAAUCUGGAAAUGCUACGUAUGCAUUGGAAAAGAUGAGUAAGCACUCUGUGUAUGUAUGGAACGUAUGCAAGUAGAUAGCGGCAAAAUGUUAAAACUAAAAUUAAUGGGGAAUGAAAAAAGUGCCCUUAAUGGGCUGAAAAUUGACGAAAAACCUGUGGAAAUAACUGAUUUUUGGACGCAUUAUAUGGCCUGUGUGAAUGGUUACAAUGCACAAAGGAUUUCAGUGUUUGUCAGUGAGCCAUCUUUACAUUAUAAUGCAAAUUUUGGAAAUCCAUCGCCUUUAGAGAAAGCUGCAAAGAAUCUAAUGUUAUAUAGACAUCCAUGUAUAUUAAAGUACGUUUCUUCAUGGUCAAAAGGUAGUAAAUUUUUCCUAGCUACUGAACAAGUUAAACCUUUAAUUCAAUCAAUAGAAACCCAGAAUACACUGCAAAUAUGCAUGGGCUUAUAUAGUAUUUUACGUGCAUUGGUUUUUCUUCAUGAAAAAGCAUUUGUAUCUCAUAAUAAUCUUUGUGAAAGUUCUAUUUAUGUUACACCUGAGGGAUGUUGGAAACUUGGAGGACUGGAAUGUUUAUGUAAAUUUAAUGAUUUGACUUCUUCUUAUUUACAAAAAAUAAAAAGCUACAGAUACGAGAAAGCGAUUUCUACUAACGAAGAUGCAACUAUCACAUUAACAAAUUUUACAACAAUUGAUGUAUAUGCGUUUGGAGUUUUAGCUGAAGAUAUAUUGAGACAAAAGGAUCCAGAUGAUGUACCUAGUCUUUUAGAAUUUAAACAGUUCUGUAAAGAAAAUCUGCAAAAUCCAGAUCCUUCUCUAAGGUGCGAACUGUCCCAUGUACUACAACAUCCAUUCUUUACCCAUGAUUUUAUGAGGAUAUAUGCAUUUUUAAAUGAGUUAGUGUUAAAAAGUAAUAAGGAAAAAGAAAUAUUUUUUGGAACCUUAAUAACACAAUUAAGAAUGUUUCCUGAAAAUAUUGUAGCUGAACAAUUAGGUCGUUUACUUCUUUCAAGAAUGGUUUUAUUAGAUACGACAGCACAAGAACAGCUUUUACCAUUUAUUUUAAAACCAAAAGAUGGAAAUGACAAUACAGAUAGUAACUUAUUUUCAAUUUCUACAUUUAAAGUCUAUUUGGUACCCAAAUUAUUACAGAUGUUUUGUAUACGAGAUGUAUCAAUACGUUUAGUACUUUUGUCAUAUUUUAAUUCUUUUGUGCAUAUAUUUCAAGUAGAUGAGUUGAAAUCUCAAGUACUUCCUGAAUUACUUGUUGGAAUUAAAGACACAAAUGAUCAUCUUGUAUCUGCAACAUUAAAAGCAUUAGCUGACAUAGUUCCAAUCUUAGGCGCUGCCACAGUAAUCGGUGGUAAUAGAGGGAAGCUAUUUACAGAUGGACGACCAAAUAAACUGAAAGAUAACAAGAAGACUAAGAAUAGUAUAAAUGUUGAAUUCGUGGUUCCUACAGAUAGUAUUCAAAAAGUAAUUGAUUUACCUGAAAGGCCAUCUCCAGAUGGAGGUGAAGAUAAAAAAGAGAUUACUUCUUCCAUUAUCGAAGAAGAAUAUACGUGGUCUGAUUGGGACAUACAAGAAACUGCAGAAGUGCAUGCUCGAAUUUCACAGUCUUCCGACGCAAUUUUUCAAUCUCAAUCCAAUUCCAAUGACAUUUCGAUUGCGGAUUCAACAUUAAGGAUUACUACAGAUGCAGUAUUAAAUAUAGAUAAAAAUAAAACAAGCGAAUUGAAAUUAACAAAGAAGUCAGCUGGUAUUAUAUCCGAUAUUUCAGAGCUUGAUAUUAAAAAUUCAAAAUUAAUAGAUACUUGUAAAGAAGAAUAUGAUUAUUUCACAGACAUGGAGCCUGUGAUAAAGAAGACACAGAUUUUACACAUACAACAACCACAAAUAUUAUCAAAAAGUGUAUUUGACAUAAAAGCGCUAAAUGGAUUAGAAACAUCUGAAGAAAACAAUGGCUGGGAGGAGGAUUUAAGCGAUUGGGGAACAGAAGAUGUUCAUGAAAUAAAAACUUGAAUAAAUAUAUAUUAUUCCUUAUAA